CGUGGCAUCGUUGUGGAUAGGAUGUGAUUAUUCUGGUUGGAGCGGUGUUUACGUAAAGACAACAAAACCUCGAGUGCUAGAUUGAAAUUAAUUAAGUCUCGUUAUGUUGAGAAAUGAAAGGUGAGAAAAAGAGCAUUUUGACAGGAACGAGUUUCUCGGGGGCGGUCUCUUCCUUGGCCUCGUGUCUGUCACUCAGCGGACAACACGGAAGUUAGCCAGAACUCGGAUGUCAACAAAACGGGGAAGGCGUGAGGUUUCCCAGAAGCGGACUGCGUGGGUCAUGGCGGACUGAAGGACUUUUUAAAUCGGCACAUGCAUUUUUAUUUCAUUUAGUUUUUUAUGUGUUCAUUUUAUUGUGCCAUCAUUUCCCAGGUGAAAAAUAAUAAUGACGGCAGUGUCCUGCAUCCGUGGGAUAUUGUGCAUUCUGUGUGUGACCGUGUGCAGGAGCAUGGAGCUGGCCUCCGCUUCUGUUCGCUGUGAAAGGACUCCCAGAAUCCUUCAGGGCAGACAGGGAGAGAUCCGGAGCUCCACCCACCACAGCUGGUCAUCCCGGCAACUUAACUGCAGCUGGGUGAUCCCUGCGUCACCGGGAGAGCCUGUCAUACUGAGUUUCUCCCAGUUCUUUGUGAGGUGCGGUUUGGAGUGGGUGUCUGUGACAUCAUCAGAAGGCUCCGCCCCCUUCAUGCUGUGUGGGUCCCAGCUGCCGCAGCCGAUGGAGCUGCGGGGGGGUCCCGUUACCGUGACACACCACUUCCUCCCGCGCGUGUACCCCCCCGCCAGCCUGCGCCUCUCCUACAUCAGGGGCUCCUCUCCCUGCACAGGGGCGGAGUUUCAGUGCAGAAGUGGGCGGUGCUUGCUGGCCUCUUGGCGCUGUAAUGGGCAGACUGAGUGCCUGGGGGAGGGGCCGGGGGCGGGGUCAGACGAGCAGGGGUGUGAGAGCGAGCGGAGCAGGACACGCCCGUGGGAGGGGCGUGGGUUGGGGGCGGGGCCCACGGCGGCGGGCGGGGUGAGAGAGCCGAAGGCCGGGCGCUCCCAGCCCGCGUCCGGGUCCUGUGGGGGCCUCCUGACCGGCUUCUACGGCUGGUUCUCCCCCCCUGCGCUGGCUGGACCCCCCCUGGUGUGUGUGUGGAGCGUGGACCCCCAGGACCCCCGCCCUCUGCGCCUCAAACUACAGAUGCUGGAGCUGGGACCUGGAGACGUGCUGACCAUCACUGACCAGAGACAGGGCCAGGGCUCUGUCCUCAAAACUAUCACCUGUGCGUCCAAUUACAAGGUGGUGGAGGUGGAGUCUCGUACUGGCCUGCUGUCCCUGACCUACCGCAUGCUGCCUGGGUCGGAGGGGCGGGGCUUCAAUGCGACCUAUCGGAUUGCCGGAUACUGCCUGCUGAGGGAGGGGGAGGGGGUGUGUGGGGGGGCGGGCGGGGACUGCUUCACUGCAGAGCAGAGGUGCGACGGGCGCUGGGACUGCCCUGAAACGGGCCGGGACGAGAUGGGCUGCUGGGGCUGCCCCGAGGAGGAGUUCGCCUGCGGGGGGGCGGCGGCUCGGGGGCCCGGGGGCGGGGCGGGGGGCGCGGGCCGCUUUCUGGGCCACCCCGUCUGCUUCCCCCCCGCUGAGAGGUGCAACUACCAGCUGUACUGCGCCGACGGCACCGACGAGAAGGCCUGUGUCACCUGCAGGCCCGGAACAUUCCACUGCGACUCCGACAGGUGUGUCUUUGAAAGCUGGCGCUGUGACGGACAGGUGGACUGUAAGGAUGGCACAGAUGAGGCCAACUGCACGGUGACCCUGCCUCGCAAGGUCAUCACCGCGGCAACGCUGGGUAGCUUGGUCUGCGGGCUGCUGCUGGUCAUCGCCAUGGGCUGCACCUGCAAACUGUACUCACUGCGCACCCGCGAAUACAGCAUGUUUGCGCCAAUCACGCGCCAGGAGGCGGAGCUCAUACAGCAGCAGGCCCCGCCCUCCUACGGCCAGCUGAUUGCUCAAGGGGCCAUUCCUCCAGUGGAGGACUUCCCCACGGAGAAUCCGAAUGAGCCCUCCUCUCUCUCCCUGCGGGGACUACUCCAGCUGCUAGGCCAGGAUCCAGGCCCCGCCUCCAGACGCCGCCGCCGGCCGCGAUUCGUCCGGAGAGCCAUCCGUCGCCUGCGUAGGUGGGGCCUGCUGCCCAGGUCUGGCUCACGGGCCACCCAGACGGCAGGCUCCUCCCCUCAGCCAGUGGAGGCCACUCCCACUGGUUCAGAGCCCAGCCAGUCAAGCCCCGGGAGCUCCUCAUUGGCUGGGGAAGGCAGCAGCUCUUCACUGACUCAGAAACUGGCUCUGUCCCCCCCCACAGAGCCCACAGCCUCUACUGCUCCCCCUCCCCAGAACCCGCCACCCACUCCCCCCUCAGCCCCGCCCCCCGGUCCGCCCCCAGCCCCGGCCCCGCCCCCAGGCCGGCCCCCCAGCAGCCCACUGUUGGCCUCUCUCUUCCACUCGCUGGGCCUCAGCGUCUCGCUCUUCCGCUCCUCUUCCUCCCUCCCCCUCUCCCCCUCCUCUUCCUCCUCCUCCUCUUCCUCAGAGGACGAGGUCCUGCUCAUCCCUCUCUCUGAGGACACGCCUUCUGAAGAGGAUGUCCCCAUGCUCACCUGAGGCCACGCCCUCCCUAAGCCCCGCCCCUGACUUGUUCAGCAAGGCCUUCACUCAGUUUCUACAGUGUGAGGAAAAGGCAGAACCUCACACAGGGAGACAAUGCCUUGUGUGUGUGUGUGUGUGUGUGUGUGCGUGUGUGUAUACAGGUGUGUGUGUGAGGUGGGAAAUGGAGAAUAUCGCUUGCAGUCAAUCACUAAUCCCAAUGUGAGAUGUUUAAUAUUAGUGUUAGCAUUAACAUUUGAUCAAUUACAGUUUUUAUAGAUAAAAUUACUGCAAAGAAGGAACUUUUUCCUUUUGUAUAUGUUGUGAUUUUGUAUUAGUAAGGUUGCUUGAUGUCAUUCAUAAUUUGUUUUUGACAAUUCACUGUAAUAUUAGUCAGGAAUGCAUAUUUGCUUUUCAAAUGAUUAUUUGUGCCACAAAACUGCAUUUUGAACCUGUGAGUUUGUGUGUUGUGUGAAAGAGAAGGAUAACAUGCAUUUGGAUGGAGUGGAUUUUGUGAGGACUGUAAAUUUGUACAGUUUUUUUUCUCUCUGAUACCAACUGCUGUCAAACCAGUACAGACUGGGCUUCUCUUUGGGGAUUUAGCCUCUAUACUUUCACAUGAAGACACAUGGACUGCCCUUUCAAUCUGUGAGUGAGAGAGACUGUGCCUAUAUAUACAUAUAUGUGUGUGUGUGUGUGUGUGUGUGUGUAUGUGGGUCAGUUUGUGUCUGUAUGCAUUUGGAGGAGUGUGUUGCGUGUGUGUGCACGUGUGUGUGUGAGAGAGACAGACUAAUUUGAUCCCCCAACACAAACACACACACACACGCACACACACACACACUCACGCACACACACUGUUUGUUGGUCUGUUCCUGGUGCGUGUACAGGGCCACUGUGGUGUAGAUGUGUGCUGGGCCUGCCUCUCUGUAGUGAGGCGUGUAAAAGCUGGGAGGCGGAUCAGCUUUAUAAAAGUUGCAAUAAAUGAUGGGGGGGGUUGGGGUCAUUUUCGCUGUGUAUAAACAACACGCAACAGAAUCAACAGAUUAAAUGAUUUGCACUUUUA